GCUCUGAGCGAUGGAGUCUCUAUUCGGCGGUGAGCUGAGGCUGCUGGGAGGUGGCGAGGGCUUAAAGGAGGACGGCUGUGGCGACGUGGGCUGGUCCUCCUCACCUCUCCCUGAAGACAUGUACUCCGCCUCCCACUUCACCCUCAUCAGCGCUUACCAGGACAUCAAAACACGGCUGGCGGGCCUGGAGAGAGAGAACAGCGGUAUUAAGAGGAAGCUCAAGAUCUACGAGAUCAAGUUCCCAAUGAUCAGUGAGUUUGGGGAGGACAGGAACUCCUACUGCAGCUUUGAAUCCAAGGAGACGACACUGCUGCAGUCAGAGAACGGCAACCUGCAGCAGAGAGUCAACGCCCUCACUCACGAGGCCCAGAAGAGGAAGGAGCGCGAGGAGCAGCUGGAGGAUGUGAUUCAGGCCUAUGAGAAAAUCCACAUGGAGAAGAGCAUCCUCCAGAGAGACCUGGACAAAAUGACCAGUCUAGUGGAGAAACACGUGGAGCGUAUCCUGGGUUUGGAGUCUGCUCUGAGACAGAGGGACAACUCGCUACAGAAGCUCAACACCCAGCUACACAGCAAGGACAUCCAAUACCUGCAGCUGUACAGCCCAGACAAUGACAUGCUGGAUUGUCCUGCGCUGACCUUGCAGAACUCUCGUAGUCUAGACACUCUGUCAGACCUGAAGCUGCAGCGUCUGGAGGCAGAGCUAGAGGGGGCGCGGCACCAGGCCCAGGGGGCGUGUCAGAGGGAACAGGAAGUGAAGGCAGAGUGUGAGAGACUGCAGGAGGAGCUGAAACAGAUCCAGAACAACCACAUAGAGAGGGAAAUGACUUCGUCGUGUGAGCAGUGUGAUGUGGAGUGGAUCAAGAAGGUGGGAGAUGAGCAGGUGAAUUUGGCACUGGCCUACACAGAGCUAACUGAGGAGUUGGUACGUCUGCAGGCACUGAGCUUCAAACAGAAAGAGAUCCUGAGGAAGACCUCCCAGGAGCAGCAUAGCCCAGUCCAACGCCACUCCCACCCCCCAUCUCCCAUUCAUCACCAACGCCACUCCCCUGUGCCCCAGCGCCACUCCCCCAUCCCCAAACGCCACUCCCCCAUCCCGCCCCAGCACCACUCCCCCAUCCCCCAGCGUCGCUCCCCUGUUCUCCAGCCACAGCACCUCUCCCCGGACAUGCACCGCCGCUCACCCCUGCUGGAUAUUAAUGAUGGGCCUGCCUCCUACUCCUGCCGGCCAGCCAGCCACCACCUGAGGGCCAGCUUCCAGGGCCGCCGCAGCUACUCCGAGGUGGCUGACCCUUCUGCCUACCAGCGGCCACCGCGCCUCAGCAUGGACCCUGUGUCCACCCUGCCCAAGCCCCGGCCCUACAGGGACUCCAGCUACUCCAAGCAGCAUCAGCAGCACCAUGGAGGCUCCCAGCAUGGGGGGUCCCCCCACAGAGGAGGCCAGCUCCGAGGUUCCCAGUCUGAGCUGCAGAGGGCAGGCAGCGAGGUGGGCCUCCACGAAAGUUCCCGCCACUCCCGAGAGCUUCCCUUCCCCCUGUCCGAGGUCUCUCCCAGGUCUCACCUGCACUUUGAGCCCCUGCCACCCCCCACACCCGCCCCCCAGCCGCCACAGUCCUCUGAAGACGAGGAGGAGUGGACCUGUCCGCACCCCGUCAGCCCCCCACGGACGCUGGGCGUGCCCAACAAUGUGUCGCCUCAUGGGGUCAUGAGAGGGCCGGCGUCCUGCUCGGCCUUCCCUAUCCCAUCCAGACCCAACACCCUGACCUGCCACCCACCAGGUUACCUGCACGCAGAGCACGCCCAAUCCUGGCCCUCUAUCAAUCUGUGGAUGGAGACAGAAGAGAGUGACAUGAGGAGCUGCCCUCUGUGCCAGCUGAUCUUCCCCAUUGGUUACCCUGACGACGCCCUCAUCAAGCACAUCGACUCGCACCUUGAGAACAGCAAGAUCUGAUCGCCAUGGCAGCACUGCACCCUCUUUUUAGUUGCUACUAUUUUAAACUUAUAUUGUGGAGUUAUUUUAGGUUUUGUUUGGUUUUUAAGCUGGCUGGCUUUUGUUUGACAAGACUUGAGAGGGCUUUUUGUGGGCUUAUUAGCAUGUUUGGGAAAAAUAGGUGGUUUAAAAAAUGACAUGGAUGGCGUUGAGGUUCAUGACAGACAAUUUCCUUGACAGAUGCAAGAUCAGGGACAUUCCAGGCACCUUGCAGUCCAUCUGUUUUUAUAUCUCACACUUUAACGGUACUACUUGCUGUAAUGCGGCCUGCUUUACUUGCCUCUCUAACUAUGUACAGCAAUACAGACCAACCACAAUGAAUUCCUGGAAUUAUUUGGGUGACUCUAAUGGAUAGAUCCAGUCUGUUUGUUCUUCAGGGCUUGACGAUGUGCAGUCAGAGGUCAGAGUUAUGUUAUGAAGAGAGGAUGGCAGUGUUAAUUGUGUGUAGAUAUGAAUUUGUCCUGCAGGGCGGGGCAUGUAGUUGGCGUGACGACCUCGCUGUAGUGGAGCGGAAGGAACGCAUAGACAGAUUAUCUUUAUGCUUGUGGCCUGAUCAGAACUCUAUAUGAAUCUUAGCACCUUAAGUUAACCUAAAUGAGCCUACAUUCAAGCAUAAUUUCACCCCUAUAUUUUCCAUUUAAUGUAUCAUUUGAUAUAUCUGUUCAGUUACAAGUAAAAAAGAUCUGAACAUAUAUUUUCAUAUUUUUUUGUUUUAUGUUAAUGUGUCACACGUGUCUUAUGUUGGUGACAUUUCACCCUCACAAGCUUGCACACAGCUGUAUAUAGAUAGUAGGACAUGAGGUGUUCUGAUAGGGAAGAGAGCAUGGAAAAUAUUUGUAUAUGAUAACAGUGAUUCAACUGGGAGUCUCUUUAGUCUUCCUGAAGAACCGACCUGCAAACACUUAUGGUGAUACAGUAUUUAUCACUUUUGUCCAAAAGAAAACAUUUCUCAAUCCUUACAGUCCAACACUGGCACACUUAGUAUUUUAUAUCUUAUACAUAGAUAUCUCAAAUAUAACCUCCAAAAUUCAGAGUGAGUGUUUGAGGGUAAUAUUAUGGAAUCACUUUUUUUGUUGAGUCGAAUAUGUUGUACAUAAUUGGUAUCUGACAUUUUGGUGAGACACAGUGGCUGCGUUUACACAGGCCAAAACACACACACACAAAUCUAUUUUUUAAAAAUAAUAAUUUUUACUAAUUG